GUGGGGCUACCGAAGAGCUACAGCGGACUACAGUGCAUUGAAUGUAUGGGCUUAUCGAAGUGUUCGCCUAUAAAAGAAAAUUAUCCCCGUUGAUGUCGGCAACGACCCCCAAGACCUCGACAACUCGGACGAGACAAUCCAGCGAGGCUAAAGAUCAGCCAGCUUGCUGCUACCUUUGCAAUACCACAUCCUGCAUCACCCUGUUCGGAAGCCUCCAUCACCAAUGUCGGCAAUACGCAUCGCCAGGGGCGCAUUGCGAUCCCGUGUCAAGCCAUGGUCGUCCGUCACCCUCACUCGCCUAGUGUCUCCACGAAGCUACCACGAGUCCGACUUUGAAACCUACAAAGAUUCCCGCCAGGAAAUGGAGUACUUCUAUGAAGUCGCAUCAAUCAUCUCAUCCAGAAAGCACAUCCCGCAAAUGCGGUUUAGCACUACGGGGGAGUUGGGAACGCUGCGGAGCGAGCUUGCCCAGAUCGCGCCGUCCUUCAAGAUCGCCGCCGAUAACGUGUCUAUCUUCAAGACCCCAUCUUGCUUUUAUGAGACCCUACUAGCCAGGAUUCGCAACGCCAACCGCAGAAUAUUCCUGUCUACUCUCUACAUCGGCAAGGAUCAACAUGAACUGGUUGCCACACUCCAAAACACUCUGCGCCAAAAACCCGGUGUGCGGCUGGUUAUCCUCACCGACGCCUUACGCGGGACGCGGGAGGCCCCUGAGCCCUGCUGCGCAUCCCUCCUUGCUCCUCUUGUUGCCGAAUUCGGCCUCGGCCGGGUCCAGAUUCGCAUGUACCACAGCCCCAAUCUUACCGGCCUGAAAAAGAUGAUUAUACCCAAGCGCAUCAACGAGGGAUGGGGUCUGCAGCAUAUGAAGUUCUACGGAAUGGACAGCGAGGUUUUUCUCACUGGGGCGAAUCUUUCCACCGACUACUUCACCAAUCGCCAGGAUCGAUACCACUUGUACCGUUCGGCGGAGAUGGCAAACUAUUUCUGGGACUUCAUCCAUACCGUCUCGUCGCUGAGCUUCUGGGUACUCCCCUCCGACGAUGCCUCCGGGUUCCGCCUCGAGUGGCCGUCGGACAACGCGGUUCCGAAUCCUCUGGAGCAACCCGAAGAAUUCGUCGAGAAGGCCACACCUAUCAUGCAUGCGGCAGUAAAACCCCACGCUGGCCAACGAGAUUACCGUUACCCCCGAGAUGAUUGUGAUUUUGAGACACCCGUCCGAGACACGACCGUACAUAUCACCGGCCAGUUUUCGCAACUGAUGAAGCCCGAUACGUCGACCGAGCUACCGGCAAUCACCUACCUCUUGAAAAUGCUGACUGCCCCUCGGUACGCCCGCUCGUCGUGGACAUUUACCGCGGGGUACUUCAAUCCGGCUCCGUGGCUUACGGAUCUCCUCCUCGCGACGACUUCGCAAAAGAGUGUGGUUAUCGCGGCUUCCCCGUAUGCCAACGGUUUCUACAAGUCCUCGGGCGUCUCGGGGCUUCUUCCCGAUGCAUACACUUUCCUUGCUGGGAAGUUCCUCCGUGCGGUUAAAGACCAGAACAAGGGUUCCGCCGUUACCCUCCAAGAAUGGCAAGACGGAACGGUUGGUGAGCCGGGCGGGUGGUCGUACCACGCGAAAGGCUUGUGGGUGACUCUCCCCGACGAAAGGUGGCCGGCAAUCACUCAUAUCGGGAGCUCGAACUAUACGGAGCGCAGCUACUCGCACGACCUCGAGGUCGGUGCUCUGAUCGUCACGGACUCUACGGAUUUGAGGCGGCGAUACGGUGCGGAGGAAGAUCAUCUGAAAGCCAAAGCUACCCCGGUGACCCUCGAGGACUUGGAAAAGCCCGAAAGGCGGGUUGGAUUACAGGUUCGUACUGCGAUGUGGAUUGUUAAUCUUGUCGGCGGCGCGCUGUAGCGCGUUCGCCUCCUAACCUUUGUCAUGUUGGGCGAUCUAACCACGAGUCACAUAGGCUUGAUCUUUCAGCCUGACCGGGACGGUGGAUGCCGGAAUGCCCAUACGUGAGUACGUGUGAAGCUUCGCUUCGAUCAGCGCUAGGCGCGCUAUGGAAAACGUCGCGGUCAACCGAGCACCUCUCCUGGCCACCAAGGCAGCGGGAAUGGCUCCGCAAACCCUUUUAUCGUCUCACAAUGAUACCCAUUAUAGAUAGUGAGAUACGUGCCGUAUUUAGACGUGAUUUUACGAACAAGUCCCGUCCCCCUAUUUCUCACUAGUAGGCCAUCACUAGCACUGGACGGGAUUCCCCCCGGAACCAGCGAGACUGGGCCGGACCAUAACACAAAGCAGUGCAUCCGCGAUGCGUUUCCAGGUAAGGAGAGGACAAGACUGCAGAAGGCCAUUCACGAUCUCCGCAGGCGCGUAGGGCUCAUCUCACCAACGUAAC